AUGGAAAACGACGCAGAAUUCGUCAAAAAAUGGCCUUCCCUUGGCAGGGCAAUGGAGUCCGGCAUUGAAUCCCAUGACGGCCGCGAAGCUCAACUCCUCGCUUACAUCUUAUCUCGCAACCCUACCAAUCCCUUAGAUGUCCUCUCCACCAUCGACAAAUUUUCCCUACGCCAAGAUUUCCUCAUCAGUGUAGGUCCCAAUAAAGCUGAUAUCCUGCGUGAUCUCGUUAUGUGGGAGAAACCAAAAAUGCUGGUAGAACUAGGUGGAUAUUUGGGGUAUAGUGCUGUCCUCUUUGCGGAUGCGAUGGUGAAGGCGCAUGGAGGUGAUACGGGGUUAAAAAUUUACUCCCUCGAACUCGAUCCCAUCUUUGCAAGUAUUGCUCGCCAGAUCGCUCGAAUAGCAGGACUCGAUCACAUUAUUGAAGUUGUUGAAGGCACAGCCGUUUCCUCGAUUACUAGUCUAGUUCAAGAGAAGAAAGUCACAAAUGUGGAUUUCUUGUUUCUAGAUCAUCUAGAGGAUUUGUAUGAGCAGGAUUUUAAAGUUGUGGAGGCACUGGGUGUGCUGAAAAUGGGAGCCGUGGUUGUGGCGGAUAAUGUGGUUAGGCCUGGAGCACCGAGGUAUAGAGAGUUUAUUAGAGGAGAUGUGAAGAAGGAGCAGGGGUGGGAAAGUUGGGGAGUGAAAGGUUUGAUUUGGCCGGGGGAUUUUGAGGAUGAACUUGAAGUAAGUAAAUUAGUUGGUUCCGAAUCGGAUAAGCAGUGA